GUUAAACUCUGCUUUUUGUCCUUCGAAUUCAAAAGCAAUGGAGGCAUCUGGUGCUCUUAUUCGUUCUUUUCAUAGCUUCUCUUGUGGUGGUUUUGAUAACAAUCCAUUAAAAUCCUCUGUUUCUACUGUCUCAAUAGAUGCCGGAAAACGGUUUUCCGGGGAGUUUCGGCUUCUGGGUUGUCGAGAUUCUUCGGUUUCUCUAAAAACCAGUAAGCUUUCAGAGUCGUUUGUUCCUGGGUUUCUUGAUAUUGGGCAUGUGAAGUAUUACGCUUCGCCACCGACCUGUAGCAAGGUAUGUAAGAAGGAAAAAUCUGAAACUGCAACGAUAAAGAAGAAGUUGAAGCAGAUUAAAGGGUUGACUAAGAAUCUGUUGGUGAUUUCUUCUGACUUGAGUUCUCCGGAGAUCAACUAUGGUUUUGUUGGGGACGAUAAAAAGACGAUUUCGGAAGCAUCUGAGGUUCUUCUUGCUCAACUAGGAAAAUUAAGAGCACAGGAAAAAGAACUAAAAAGGAGGAGGAAAGAAGAGAAAGCUAAACUGAAAGCUGCAUUAAUGAAACCCAGAGAUGACAAUGAAUCAUCCUCUAGCUCAUCAUCUGAAUCGAGUGAUAGCGAAUGCGAAAAGAUUGUUGACAUGAAACAGCUCAGGAAUAGGGCACUGGCAGAACCACAGUCAACCAGUGAAUUAGAAGCAUUAGUAACAACCUCAAACCUUCAAACCAAAGAACAGAGAAUUGCAGAGGUGAAUGAAGAUCACAGUUUGAAGAGUUUCUGUAAUGGUGACAGAAGGGUUGGAGGAAGUACUGUAGUUGUGGCGGCAUCACCAGCAGAGAAGAUUGAGGUUUGCAUGGGAGGGAAGUGCAUGAAAAUGGGAGCUGCAGUACUGUUGGAGGAAUUUGAGAAAAUGGUUGGUGUGGAGGGGGCUGUUGUUGGAUGCAAGUGCAUGGGGAAGUGCAGAGAUGGUCCUAAUGUGAGGGUUUUGAAUGCUUGUGACAAGAACUCCUCUGAUGGAAUGGAGAGAUCUGUUAGACCUGCAACUAACCCUUUGUGUCUUGGGGUGGGAUUGGAGAAUGUAGGUGAAAUUGUGGCUAAUUUUUUUGGGGAUGGGAGCAAGGAUUUGGGUCUGAUGGCAACUUAGAAGGAUUGUAUCUAAUUCAAGAAAGAA